CAGGAUCAAAGUUCCUGUGUAUAGAUUUAGCAUUUAUAGAAUUUUUGUUUUAUUGAAUUGUACAGAUUUGUUAUCAAGAAAGUAAUAACCUAGUCGUCAAUUUAGACAUAAGAAUUUUAGUUAAGUCAGUUAUUUUUUAGUGUCCGCAGUUGUGUUAGAAUUUUGAGAAAAUGGAAGAUCAAUCAAAUUCGGAUGGAAACAUGAAUGUGUCACAAAGUUCUUCAUCAAGCAUUAAUUCUCUGGAUCAGAUUUAUCCAUCUUUGGAACCGUUUACUCAUCCGAUUGAUACCGAUGACGAUGAUGACAAUAAUUCUCAAACCAGCAGUGGGGGAACGAAAUCCUCUCUGCCUCCAUCCCCGAGUCACAAGAAAUAUCUUUUUCCCAAGAAAGAAUACGUUGAUCAUCUUCGUCCAGAAGAAAUUAAUUGGUUUUACCAACAAGAGGGUGAGAAAAAAUGGACUCCAUUCAUUGGUUACGAUUCUUUGAGGAUAGAGUGUCGAUAUCGAGCGCUGGCUAUUAAUUCAUCCGAUGUGAGUAAAGAUAUAGACGUAAAGGAGAGAAUUUUAGUGCGUGGUGGAUUGUAUGAAGUGGAUGUCGACAGUAAACAAUGCAUACCUGUAUAUUGGUCAGGUGAUAUAUCCAAUAUUAUGAGGGGAACAUGGUUUUACGAUGGAACAUGGCAGCCAUUACAGGAAGGUUAUGCUACACAAUUAGAGACAGAACAUUUAGCUAAAUUUAUGGGACAGAAAAUAGUUGAUGUACCAUCAGUGCCUGGUGGGAAAGGAACAAAACCUGUGAUACACAACAUAAAAUUUCAUGAAUUUCACAUUGACUGGAAUUCAGCCAAUGAAGUCUUCCUCUUCAGUGAAUCUGCUUCCUCCAAAUUUAUGAGAAAAGUCACCCAUUCCUUUGGUUGGCAGAAAUCUGGUACUAGGUUACAUCGGGCGUAUUGUUAUGAAGCUAUAAUGGAUGAUAAACCACCAGACAUAACGCACCUAGUGUUUGUAAUACAUGGUAUCGGACAGAAAAUGGAAACUGGAAGCAUCGUUAAAUGUUGUAGAGAUCUCCGUACAAAAGUCAACCAUUUAAAAUAUAAAUUUUUUCCCGAUUUUGAUUCAACCAACCAGAGAGCUGAAUUUUUGCCGGUUGAAUGGAGGUCAUCGUUAAAACUUGACGGAGAUACUGUUGAUAAUAUAACUCCUAACAAGAUGAAAGGUGUAAGAAAUAUAUUAAACUCUAGUGCCAUGGAUAUAUUAUAUUAUACAAGUCCACUGUAUAGAUCAGAGAUCACCCACAGCCUUCAGUCUGAACUAAACCGACUUUACAAAAUGUUUUGUUCACGACAUCCUUAUUUUGAGGCCAAUCGAGGCAAAGUCUCAAUAAUUGCUCAUUCUUUAGGAAGUGUGAUAACCUAUGAUAUAAUCACAGGAUGGAAUCCAUUAAAGAUGUACGACCAAUUUGUUACCUCCGUUAUAAAUGAAGAGCGACAACAACCAUGUGGUUCAGAUGAAUUAAUAGCAGAGUUAGACAAAGCUAGAAGAAGAGUAAAUGAACUCGAAGCCUCAGUCCGUGAGAAACAAAAAUCUACACCAAUGCUCAAUUUUACAAUAGAAAACCUAUUUUGCCUUGGUUCACCACUUGCUGUAUUUUUAGCAUUACGAGGUAUGAGACCAAAGGGAACGGGAACACAGGAACAUAUUAUACCAUCGUCGGUGUGUAAACGUCUCUUUAAUAUUUAUCAUCCUUCUGAUCCUGUCGCUUACAGAUUAGAACCUCUUGUAUUGAAACACUAUGCUACCAUAAUGCCUUUACCCAUUCAUCAUUAUAAUUCACCAAAGAAAGUACCAUACGUCAAGUUAACACGGAGAGCUUACGCUGCGUUAAAAACCAUGUCCGAGGAACAGAUAAAUAAUAAAUCUCUAAAGAUCGAAGAAGUUAGUGAUCCAUACGAUAAGUGUGACUCAGACUCGGCCUCCGAGAAAACCAGCAGUCAAUCAUCAAAAAAGUUCUCUUUUUCUAAAUGGCUGUCUGGUCGUAAAUCCAAAGAUGAGGAAGCACUGAGCGCAGAGUUAAAGAUGCUACAGAAAUUUGAUAAUGAGGCCCAGAAAUUACAGGUAGAAUAUCUGGAUCCUAAAGAUAUAGAUAAAACAGAAAUGGAGUAUCGUUUAGAUUAUCAGUUAAAAGAGCGAAGUUUAGAGAACAGCUACAUGUCAUUACUGACGUCACAUACAUCUUAUUGGUCGAACAAAGAUAUCGCAUUAUUUAUAUUAACACAUCUUCAUCCACAUCUACAGGAACAAAACGAGUAAAGGUUUAACACAUGAUACAAUUAUAUGUAAUGCAACACUGUAACCUGGAUAUUAUUUAAUCUUGCGUCUAGUUUAAAGCUGAGUGAUUAAUUUUGAUAAUGCGUCUCCAAUUUACAAGUAUUUAAUUUUCUGACCACUGUUCAAAAAUUAAUCAUUAUACAUCAAUAAUCAAUUGCGUUGAUUAUUUUCCAACAGUGACCGAGAAGUUCUGGACACAAGUACAAAUUAGAUGAUUUUUGGUGAUUUUAAACCAUUUUUUCGAGUUUUUAAAAGAUUUAAUAUUGAAAGAACGUGAAAGAAAUUAGCGCUAGAUACACAAGAUUAAAUGAUACACAGAUUAUGAUAGAUUCCAUCUUUGAAUUCUGAUAUCUAGCUACAUUGGUUGACUGACUUGUUUAACCAAUGGGUUAUCCCAUAUUAUAGGUUCUCUGAUUGGUUUAUUCAAUGGGAUAUCCCAUGUUAUAGGUUCUCUUACUGGUUUAUCCAAUAGGAUAUCCCAUGUUAUAGGUUCUCUUACUGGUUUAUCCAAUAGGAUAUCCCAUGUUAUAGGUUCUCUUACUGGUUUAUCCAAUUGGAUAUCCCAUGUUAUAGGUUCUCUUACUGGUUUAUCCAAUAGGAUCCCAUGUUAUAGGUUCUCUUACUGGUUUAUCCAAUAGGAUAUCCCAUGUUAUAGGUUCUCUUACUGGUUUAUCCAAUUGGAUAUCCCAUGUUAUAGGUUCUCUUACUGGUUUAUCCAAUAGGAUCCCAUGUUAUAGGUUCUCUUACUGGUUUAUCGUCAUCCCACUAAAAAAAAGAAAAAAAAUCAGCACAGAAAAUUGCAUCUUUCUUUUGGUUGAACAAUUAUUUAUAUUAACACAUCUACCUGAUAUAGACGAGUAAAGGUUUACUUGUUUAUCUGAUGACAUAUUCCAUAGAGCAUACAAUAGGUUCACUUUUUGAAUUCUGAUACAGAUACUACAGUGGGGUUAGAUCUAAAUAUUAAGGUCACCUGCAGAUUUCGUCAAGGUCAUGAGAUGUAAACAGGGCUAACGCUAACCUGAACCCACAAUCCUCGGGAACAAAUACGUGCCCUAACCCUGUUUACAUCUCAUGACCAUGACGAAAUCUUCAGAUGGCCUUAAUAUUUAGAUCUUGACCCUACAAUGGUACUUGUACAGUCAGAAACUACUGUUCCAUAGACCACCUCAAACCACCAGCCAUAUGAAUAGCUUCCUAUUUAGUAGGACCAUGUACUAGUUACUGGAGGCAUCGCAGCUCUUCAUAUGGUUUGGGUGGUUUAAGGUGACCUUAGCAGAACUAGUUAUGGACACGAUCCUAGCACCAAAGGGUUAACAAAGUACUUUAUUAACCAUAGUGACAUUUGAUUUGAUUGCCAUAUACAUAUAUGUAUUUUGCCAUAUAAUAUUUUUAGCCAUAUACAUGUAGCCAUAAUAUUUUUGAUUACCAGUACACAUGAUCUAUAGAUAGCCAUAUGUAGCCAUAAGUUUUCUUGAUUUCCAGUAGUCUAAAUCUAUAUUAUAGAUAGCCAUAAGUUUUUUUGACUACCGGUAGACAAGAUCUAUAGAUAGCUAUAUAUAGCCAUAGGUUUUUUGGCUACUGGUAGACAAGAUCUAUAGAUAGCUAUAUAUAGCCAUAGGUUUUUUGGCUAC